GGGCCCAAGUUUCAGCGCAACCCGAGUGCCGCGCUGAGUUCACGCGCGGUGAUCUCCUCUGAACUCGACCGUGUUGUGUUUCGGAGCUUGAGCGAGCCGAACGAGAACAGAGGGGUUAUAGGACGCACUGCCGAGAACCUCACCAGACCUAGCGAGGCUAAAACGAGCACAUCGCCAGCCACCAGCCUGGGCAUGGAGUGCGACAUUUGCACCGACCUCUUCGAUGGAGCCGAACGGGCGCCCAAGGUCCUGCCCUGCGGGCACACGGCCUGCCUGCAGUGUCUGCGGCGGCUGCAGGAUAGCAAGUGCCCGACGUGCCGCCAGAUCUUCACCGGCCCGUCGGAGGGACUCCCGACUAACUUUCUGGCACUGAAGUUGCCGGAGGGAAUCAGACUUGACAGGUCUCCCCUCGGCUGGUGCUCGGGCUGCCGCGCCGCCGCCACGCCGCGCUGCUGGGAGGACCACGGGGUGGUGUCCGUCAGGGGUGCCCUGAGGCGCCAGCUGCAGGACGCGCUGCCGCAGGCCGCCGAGCAGCUCCAGGUCCUCCAGGACAAGUGCCGGGACGAGCAGGCCCUGCCCGCCCUCACCCUGCUGACGGGCGAGUCCUGGGCCGUGUCGCUGCGGGGUGGGGGCCGCGAGCUGACGUGCACCGUGCGCAACACCGAGGAGCCCCUCACCAAGGCGCUGUGGCUCCUGCUGGCGGCGAGGGCAGCACUCACCGAGGACCCACCACCUGCACCACCUUCAGCUUCAGCUGCUCAUUCUGCGGCCGCACCACCUGCAGCUGCCCCACCUGCGCUUGUGCCACAUGCUGCUGCCACACCAGCGGCUGCCACACCAGCGGCUGCCACACCAGCAGCUGCCACACCAGCAGCUGCCCCACCUGCGGCUGCCCCACCAGCGGCUGCACCUGCAGCUUCCCUUGGCGGCCGGGACGCACCCGAGGCGCGGCCCCUAGGGGUGAUGGAUGUGGGCAUUACCAGCUGCAGUUUGGCCGAUGAGCUCCAGCAGGAGAAGGCCGUCGCCUUGCGGGACGCGGCAGAGGUUUCGCGGCUGGUCAGCGUGUACUGCAACGCAGACCCCGCCUGGAGCCUGGAGCUGCUGCAGCGCGCCUCGCCCUCCGUGGAGUGGCUCAGUGUGUACAACCCCCGCGUGGCCCAUCUGCGCGCGGUGCACGCCAUGCCGCGGCUCAGGGGGCUGGAGGUGAGGUGCGAGGAUGUUGUCUUUGAGAGCCCGUCCCUAACGCUGCCCGAUCUCCCUCCGGGACACCACGCCGGCCUGCGCUGGCUCAGAGUUCACCGCCUCCCUCGGCACACGCUGAUGACGCUGCUGCAGGCGCACGGCCACUCUCUUGAGGAGCUUCAUCUGUGGGUGAGCACGAGGGGGAACAUAGUGUGGCCCCACACCUGCUGCGACCUACGCUUGCUGCUGCAGGAGUGCGACCUGCGGGCGCUGCGGAGGCUCGUGCUUAGCAGGGUUCACACCUUGCACGAGGCAGACCAGUGCGACCGGCAGCGCGCCGAGGUCCGGGUAGUGCUCCCUGGAGCCGUGGUGCUGUGCGACAGGUGCGACGGUGUGGCGGUGGACGCGGUGGAGGACUUGUAGGGGCGGCGAGCAAGCGAUGCGCGCCUUUUUGCUAACCUGCGGCAGAGAGGACCACGAGCAGCAGGGCCAGCGGACCUGUUCGGGACCAAGAGGACCAGCGAAGAGGAAGACACACCGCGCCACUCGGCAGCACCCCCCGGAGCAACGCGUCCUGUCUGUACAAACAGCGUCUGUUACUAAUGAAAGGCAAAGCAGAUAUACCACUAGAGCUCUAAAUAAAUUACUUCACAGCAGCA